AUGGCUGCUGCUGCUCUGGACCUCAGCCUGAAGGCCUGGCAAUGGGAGAACAGCCAGGCCUCCCCAGAGACACUGGUGCGCAUGAACACUAGGAGCAAAGACCUAAACUGGGCCCAGGCCAGGAGAUACCUGCUAAAGGAUUGUCCCAGGGAGGUUGUAUGCAAGGUCACAGGGACAGAGCUCCGGUGGCAGGACUUGGGGCUGUACCAGUGCAUGAUCGACCUCUCACCUCGGAACCCCCAUGUCCUGUCCAAAGAGAUUCGGUUGAUAGAGCGCAAAGGCCUGCUGCUGCUGGUGAUUGUUCUGAUAUGUGGAUUCAUCCUGAACAAGGGCCUGGUAUUCUCUGUCUUGUUUAUCUCUCUCCAGAAAGCCUGGGCUCAGGUAGUGAAAGGAAGAUCAGCUGAAUGUUCCAACUUCCUGGGGUCCUCGUCCCAUACUCCAGAACAAAACGGGUCAGAGAACUGCAACCAGCCGUGA